AUGGACGACUCUAAUGAAGGGUACGAGGCUGCGUUCCAGUCGCUGCUCCGGUUCUACCAGUCUAAGUCCUUGUCUGACGAUGAAAAUGCCAGCAAGGAGCCGGUGUUCAACCCUGAAGCGGUCAUCGCCCACUGCUUCAAGCAGUUCAAGCAGGAGGACUUCCAGCUGCCCAGGAGCCGCCGGCGGCUCAUCAUCCUGCCGCAGAAGGAGGCUCCGAGGCCCAUCCGCCCAACGCCCCAACCCCAGACUCCCACGGAGCCCACCCCCAGCCCCAAGGCCCCGGAAGUCGACAUCCAAGAACAGCCGGAGGACCCGAGGGCGUGGCUCAGAAAGAGGCUGAAGAUGCGUGAAGACCUGGAAUCCUUCGGCAACGUCCAGAGGUGGCUGAAGAACAAGGCCAGCCUCACGCUGUCCGAGGCUAAGGUCCUACGUGAUAUCCACAAGGUUCGGCACGUGGCUCGGCUGCCAAGCCAGCUGGUCAUGAGCAGGGACACCGCGAAGAAAAGCCAGCGACCCUCCCGCCGGCAGGUGCCGCAGCUCCAACUGCCCAGACCCCCCGCCCUGUCGACCUUGUUCUCCCACCUGCACUGCCACAAGAUGAAGAUCCUGGAGCUGUUCCGCAAGGUGGACCGGGGCGAGCACCAGAUCUCCAGGGAGGAGUUCAUCGUGGUUCUCAAGGCAAUUAGAGUCCCUCUGAAAAGCCAGGAGGUGGAGGACAUUGUGAUCUACCUCAGCUCUCUGGGGAAGCACAACAGCAUCACGAUGGAUAACCUGGCCAGCACCUACAAGCAGUGGUCUUUGGCUCAGCAGCAAAGCACCCUGACCACGGCGACAGAGAAUUCCAGAUCGUCCACGGACGGCGGCUCCGCACAGAGUCCAUCCCCGAAGCAGAAGGUGAAUGUAUCCCCAGAGGCUCCCAAGAUGGACCUGCUGACGGUGCCCGUGGUCGACACGGAGAUGGAGGCACGGCCCAUGACACUAGAGGAGAUGGAAGACGUGGGCAAACACUACCGAGACAGGAAGCGGCAGAACAAGCUGGCCCUCCCCUCCAUCCACUACACGGAGCAGUGCCGCCUGGUGCGCAGCGGGGACAAGCACUUGGACGAGCACUGCCUGCCGACCACCGUCCACGGGGAGAUGGAGGGCAUCCUCAACAGGUCCCGCGUGGACACCCUCCUGGUCUACCUGCAGUGCUGGAAGGUCUGCGAGGCGCACGGCCUCCCGCUGACCGAGGACAUCCUCAUGAGAGCCCUGAUGUACCCAGGGGACAAGAUCAUUUUCCAGAAGGACCAGGUGCGCCCAAUCCGGCAGCCGGGAGGCCACUACUCAGACUUCAAGCCCUUCAGAGCGAACCUGGCCCCGCUCCAGCCCCAGGCCGUUCCCGUUCCUGUGGCUCGGAAGCCUGACAAGCUGAAUACCUCUCUCUCUCUCUCCUCCACCAGGAAAAUGCCAAAGAAAAUCAAGAGAAUCAAUUUUAAGGAAUUUGAGGACUUCACCAGGAAGCUGAAGGAGAAGAAGCCCAGCGGUCCGCAGCUAACCCAUCCCAACUUCUUCUGGCCGGGUCACCUCCUGGACAAGCUGCGGCUCUACCUGCCCACUGUGACCAUGGACCGGAGCCUGGCCAUCUUCAGCUGUGUCCAACAGCGGCCCUGCGUCUACUCGGCCACCUACCACCCCGACCGCUGGUGGCCCAUUAAGGACAUGAAUUACGCGACCUACGCCUAUUAUGAUGCCCACAAGAUCUAUCACAUCAACUAG